CUUUCAACUUAUUUUCUUUGUUUACAAUGCAUUACUGUAAACUGUUUAUUCUAUAUAGAUUCGCACUAAAAGCCACUGAUGAAAAGCAGCGAGUUGAGUGACUGAUUUAAUCAUUUCCCUCUUCAGGGGCGCUACACAAACAAUGCUUUUGUGAGUCUUUUGUUUUUGUUCGGGGCAUGCAAAUAAUUGUAAUACUUACAUAAACCUAAAAUUUAGAAUUGCAUGUCCUGUAAGCUAAACGUGGAAAUUAAUUUUCAGUUGCACGGAAUUCACACACACGGUCAGCGUAACUCGCAGGUAAUUCAGAAACGCUCUUUUUCAGCUUCUCUCCUCGGUUGUUUUGAAGCGUCGGCAGCACUAACGAAUUACGUCAUCAUGCUGCGCGGAUAUUUUACCCAUGGGGUAGUAAUUUAAUCGGUUGCUUUAGCCAAACCACAAAGAAGAAGGUAAUUCUGGUUUAUAAAGAAAUAUUUUUUCCUUGUGAACCUGAACCUCUGCAGUAUCUCCCAUAUCCUGGUGAGACGGGCCGUGUUUAAAAUCACAGUGUGUGGACAGUUUCUGGUGUGAAAUGGCGCUUCUGAAGAAAGAAAACGAGAGCCUGAAGUGGAGAUUACAUUUGUUGGAGAAGGAGUCGGGAGCAGGAGGAGAUCGGGGACAGACAGAUCAUGUAGGACACACGCUUCCCCGUGAAGUCCUUGCAGAAAUAAAAGAAGAAACGGACACGAAACGGAUGCUGUCAGGGUCAGAGACCAGUGAUCUCCCUGAUGCUUGGGAAAGGGCUCCUCUUGAACAGCAGCACAGUGAGGAGCAGUGGGGGUCCAUUCUGACAGAGCUCACUGCUGUAGAGAGGAAAGAGAAACUCAGUGAACAGCACACGGAGAGCAGACAGAGUGUCGAGGAUCUGGACUCUGUGCACAUGUUGAAGACAGAGCCUGAGAGUGAGACACUUGAGCUCUUAGUGUCUGAUGAUUUUACAGAGAAGAUUAAUCUGGUCUCUAACAACCUUACUGAAAGUUGUGAUAAACUGGAGUCCGUGUCUGUACAAGAGUUUAAAGCAGAACUGAAUGACAUUAAUCUUACAGAGCAGAAUAUGAAGCUCCAGUUGGUAUAUACAGAAGAGCAGCAGACAGGUGAAGAGAACAUCACUGAGCAGCACACAGAGAAGAGACAGUACAGGGAGGAACAGCAGCGGCAACUCCAGGGUUUGAUAAUAUUAAGGCCUUGUUCUGUUAAAGUGAAGAGACUGUCAUCGCAGAAGUGGUUAAAAUUGAAUAAUCCCUUAGUAUCUAAGAAAUUUACAGAGAAGAUUGAUAAUCUGGACUCUGUAAAUAGUACUGAAAAUUGUAAUGAACUGAAUUCUGUCUCUGCACAAGAGAUCAAAGAAGAAGUGAAUGAGUUUAAAGUAACAGAGCAGAACAUGAAGCUCCAGUUGAUUGAGCCUGCAGAGAAGGAUACUGAUGUACCUGGUGAAGACAACAGUAUUCAGUUACAGCACACAAAGAAAGGUAAAGCCCAGAAGGGGCAGAAGAGAAAAAUGUUUAGUGUUCCUGAAGUCCUAGAAGGAAUUUCUCAAGGCGAAUCAGCAGCAGAGUCAGAUGACGGGCUCUCAGGACUGGAGAGUGCAGAUUCAUUCUCGGAAGACAUAUUCAAUGAUGAACUGGACCCACUUCUGGAUUUCCAAAAAAAUAUAAAAAUCGCAAGCAGCGCACAGAAAAAAGCAAAAAAGACGACGGUUGCUCAGGGACUUGAAGAGAUAUAUCAGGACGAUUCGGGAGAAGAGUCAGAUGUACAGUCAGGUCUGGACAGUGCAGAUUCCUUUUCUGAAGACGCUUUUGAUGAUGGACUGGAUCCACUGCUGGAUCUUGAGGACAUCGAAGAACCACCUGCCCCCUCCACCCCCUCAACAAGUGCUGAGGUUCCCACCCCUCCUUCCAGAAGCACUCCACCCCAUUCCACAAGACCUGUUCGAGGAAGGAAGAGGAGGAGCCUCCACCCCCCAGCUGAAGAGCCAGAGGACAGGUGGAAGACAGAAGCUGAACAGGAUGUGAAACCUGAAAAGUUUCGGUUCAAUCCAGCACGGACACCAGGUGCCCAGCUGGACACUUCCAAGACAUACUCCCCACUAGAUUUAUUCCAGCUGUUUUUUGGCAUGGCGGUUAUGCGCACACUGUGUAAUAACACAAACAAAAAUGCAAUCAAACGAAAGGCCCGGGGUAUAAAAUCAGAGUGGCAGCCGGUGUCCAUAGUGGACAUGUAUAAUUAUAUAGGGAUUUUGAUUUAUAUGGGGCUCCUCACUUCUCAUAAUGUGAGAGAUUAUUGGACUCCUCGGGUGCCCUAUGAUGUUCCUUUCUGCCGGUCUAUUAUGACCCGAACAAGAUUUGAGGCCAUUUCCUGGACACUUCACCUUAGUGAUCCAGAGGAAGACAGGGAAAAUGACUUAAAAAAAGGGACCUCAGACUAUGAUCCCCUUUUCCACCUUAGACCUCUGUUUGACUCCAUCUUAACUGCCUGUCGAUUGUUUUAUCAGCCACGACAGAAUCUGUUUAUUGAUGAAAGAAUGGUGGCCUCAAAGACGAGCUUUAGGCAGUAUAUGAAGGGGAAGCCCACUAAGUGGGGCUUCAAGCUGUUUGUGCUUGCUGAUGCUUCCACAGGUUACACCUGUGAUUUCUCAAUCUACACAGGAAAAUCACCAUCUGCCACAGGAAAAGGGCUGAGCUAUGACUCAGUUAUGAACCUCAUGAGAGUUUCAUACCUGGGUACAGGUUAUAAUGUUUAUGUUGACAACAUAAACACCAGCUCAGCCCUUUUCCAGGACCUCUUCAAAAUGAAAUUUGGUGCCUGUGGCACUAUAAGAGAGAACCGUGUGGGUUUCCCCCGCACAAAACAAAACACCCUACCUAAGAAGGCUGAAAGGGGCUCCUUGCGCUGGAUAAGGUCUGGUGAGCUAUUGUUCACCAAGUGGAUGGACACACGUGUGGUGACCAUGUGUAGUACCAUCCACAAGGCGUACAGUGGAGAGACAGUCCAGCGCAAGGUAAAAAAACCCGACGGGUCUUCGCAGGUUCAGGCCAUUCCUAUCCCUGAUACCGUCAAGGACUACAGUCGGCACAUGGGGGGGGUGGGUUUGUCUGAUGCUCUCAUACAAUACUAUAUUCUGGCACACAAAACUAGAAAAUGGUAUAAAAAACUGUUCUUCCAUUUCAUUGACAUUGCGGUGGUGAACAGUUUUUUGCUACACAAAGAAUUGGCAGAGAGUCAGAGCUUUCAGGCUCUGACUCAUAAAAAAUUCAGAGAGGAGCUGUGCAAACAGCUUGGUAGUGUGGGGGUUGAGGAGCAACAGGAGGCAUCAACAAGCACGGCUGCAGGCUGUUUUCCUAUCGCGAUCUCCCAAGGGCAGGUGGUGGACCCUUCAAGGAAGACAACAAUAGGGCGGAAGAUAUGUGUUGUCUGUGCAAAAAAAAAACAUAAGAUAAAAACUCCAUGGAAAUGUGAAAGGUGUGAUGUGGCAUUGUGUCUAAUUGUUGAUAGGAAUUGCUUCAGGGAGUGGCACCAGAAAAAGAGGAAAUAGGACACCUUUUUCGUUGUAUUUGUAUGUAAAUGUUUUUCAUUUUUUACAUUUCUUGUUUUUUUUACACUUUUUGUUUUGAAAACAUAGUAAAAACCACAUAUAAAAAGGUCUUUCUUUUUUAUAUGUUUUCACUUUCAAGCAAAUUAGGAUACAUUUGCUGUUGGCUACUUGUGGAUUUGAAUAAUCUAAUUAGUGGGCUGUGUUUGUCUUCCUGCCUGUCUGAUGUUUUCAAUGGAGUGAGAAAAAGGGUGAGGCCUUUUUUGUCAACCUCAGUGAUCUCUUGUGAACAAAAGAAGUGAGAAUGGCUGAGGAUAUGGUAGCCAGUUCAGCUUUAAAUGAUCAAUAGAAGUUACCUUCACAGGGAAAAAAGGCUUACUUUGAAAGACUGAGAAAAUAUUUUAAAGGGUAAAACAAAAGAAACUUGUCAGGUACACCAGAACUUGUACUAAUUAUUGCACAUAAAAAGUCUGCUAGUUUAUAGAAAGAGUGGAAGUGUCUUGACAGGUGUGGCAUUAGAAAUUAGAGUAUUGUUCAUGCAUAUGCCUUCUGGAAACCCAAAUCUCUCCAAAAUGGCCACCUUUUGGAUAGAAUAUUGGAUUGUAAAGGAAAAUAAGGGGUGUAAGAUGACCAGAGGAAGGGUCAUCCAGGACAGGUAUUUCAGGAAUGAUCUGUUCAAUAUUCUUGACUUAGACCUGACCAAGAUGGCUGCUUAGAGAAACCACGUGACCCGCAGAUGGAAAGGGCUCAGUCCCGAUCAGCGGGUGCCCGCAUCCUCCACCAAUUGUGGUGCCUCUGGGGGAAAGGUUUAUGUAAACAGCCAAAAGUACUCCCACCACACUUCUCUACUGUGGAGUUUUUCUCCACGAAACAAGUUUUCCAAUAAAAUGCAAGAUAUAUAGAAGUGCCUGCUUCCAGGCGGAAAUUAACCUUGUAGAGCCUGUAACAGUACAAUCAAGGUCAUUGAUGGAAAAAGUAUGCGAACCCUUAAGUUUAGUAACAGUGGAACCAGUUUUAUUGGCAAUAACCUCAACCAAAUGCUUUCUGUAGCUACUUGUCAGACCUGCGCAACGGUUAGGAGAUAUUUUGGCCCAUUUCUCUAUACAAAACUGUUUCAGUUCAUUUAUAUUUUUGGGACGUCUAGGCUGAAUGGCCUGCUUCAGAUCACGCCACAGCAUCUCAAUGGGAUUGAGGGCAGGACUCUGACUGUCCAUUCUGAAAUACAGAAUUUUGUCUGUUUGAGCCACUCUGUUGUUGAUUUUCUCCUGUGUUUUGGAUCAUUGUCAUGUUGCAUGACCCAACUUCUUUGAGUUCUUUGAGAUCACAGACAGAUGCCCUGACAUCCAUUUGUAGAAUUUCCUGAUACAACUUGUAAUACUUUGGGAUUGUUAAAACAAGCGCAAAAACACAAAGUGCAGACAGUGCAUCAAGACAAUAUACAAACAAACAGUAGACAAUGUACAAGUAAACAGUUUGAAUGUAAACAAUGCAGACAAUGAUUGGAGAGGAUGCUCUCUGUGGUGCAGCAGUAGAAGUUCACCAACACAGGUACUGGCAUCCCC